GUGCACUUGGUUUCACUUUCCCACGUGUUCCUCUUUAUUACUUUUAUUUUAUGAACUGGUUUCAAUUUUGUGACUUUUUCAGCCAGAAGGAACAAAGGGAAAAGGGGAUUUCAUGUGUAUUUGAUUGUGAAAGUUUAGUUUUAAUUGUGUCUUUCUUGAUAAAGAAUUUGAAUUCCUUUUAUCUGACAAAUAAAUGUCACCAUUUGAAAGUUUAAAGACAAGUUUAAUAUAAAGUGACAACCAUGGACCCAAACACAGAUACCAAGGAAUGUUCAGUGGAAGAUAAUGGCAUGACAGUUCUUACCAAUGAAAGGGUUCUUGUAGAAUCUUCCACUAAAUCUAACACAACCAAUGAUCAGCUCAAAAAUGAUAAUGAGGAAACUAAUUCCCAGUUGUCAUCCACAAAGAUUGUAACUAAAGAAUCAGAGGAAUUGACAAUUAUUGGAACUGAGAAGAGGCAAGACUUAAUUGACAUUAAUUUUGCAAAUGGUGAAAGAGAUGAAAGUAACAACAAGCCUAUUGAUGAAACUGAAAGGGACAAAGCACCAGAACUUUUACCAGUAUCUACCAGCACAGAGGCAGUGAAUCAUUCUCACUCCUCUGACAUGUCCACCCAUGAUUCACAAACAGGGACAAAAACAGCAGCAAAUACAGAAUCACUUCCCUCAAGCAUUUUGCCAACUGAACCAUUGCCUUCUAAACUGACAGAAGUAAUUGUGAUAGAUGCAGACAAUGAGUUGUGUAAAACAGAUGAUAAAGCUAUUGAAUCAGCGUACAGAGAGAAACAGGGUGAAUCGUCUGAUUCCAGCAGUGAUUCCGAGGAUUCUGUGAUAUUAACACAUGAAGAAAAGUGUAUCGUUAUUGAUUCUGAUGAGGAAAAUAAAGCAAAAGGGAAGAAAGACAGUGACUUGAGGACUAAAGGAGAAGUUUACCCUGAGGAGUUACCUCCCCUUGAUGAUCUUGUUAUUACUGUGGAUCCCAAUGUAGAACUUGUCCAUACCGGAACUAUCACAGGAGUUGUGGGAUGUUUGGUGAUAGUAAAAGCCAAUCAAAAUAUUCCUCCUUUGAAUGAGAACACUAUUUUGUUUCUGGAAGGAAGAGUGGUGCUUGGUCAGAUCUUUGAGGUGUUUGGACCAGUAGGAUCCCCGUGGUACUCUGUCAGGUUUAACAGCAUCACAGACAUCGAGACGAGGUCCGUCAGCAAUGGAGAGAAGGUGUACUGUGCCCCCAAAGUAGAGAAGCUGACCAAUUAUGUGUUUGUGGAACACCUCAGACAAAUGAAAGGUUCUGAUGCAUCCUGGGAAGACAAUAAUGAACCACCAGCAAAGUACAUUGAUUAUUCUGAUGAUGAAGAAGAAAGAAGAGCCAAAGCGAAGGCGCGUAACCGUGGUAAUGAGGAAGACGGUACCCAACUUCCUGGAGCUCGUAAAGUUCGCAGAAGAAGACAGAAGGACAGGCAGUCCUUUGAACCUGAAACAGAAGAAACGAAUUCAGGUGCUGGGGAAAGAAUAUCUGGCAACUUUGCCCAUGCAAAUCAUGGGGAGUAUAGAAAUAAUCAGACUGGCAGAGGGAGAAACUUCAACCAAAGAGGAGGAAGACAUCAAGGUCAACCUAGAAUGGAAUACCAGUCCUUCCAGCCAUUCGGAGCACCUCCAAGGUUUCCACAAAUGACAGAGAAUCAGAACAGUCCAGCAGUGUAUCAGAAUGGAGGACCAGUCAGGUCACCCAUCUUCCAGCCCAGGUACCCUGAUCCGAGUGUGUCACAGGUGUGGAACAAUCCAUCUCAGUAUCAAUCCAACUGGAAUCAGAAUAACUAUUCUAACAUUCCUACCACACAAUCAACAAACUUCCAGAUCAGCGGACAAAAUCCACCAAGUGAAACUUUACAAAAUGGAGGACAAUAUUAUCCAAAUCUUGGUGGAAGAUUUCCCAAUAUGUCACUCCCCCCUCCCCCACAUUGUUUUGGACAACCACCCCCUGUGUUCAAUCGACCAGUGCUGACUGAUCAGAGGUACAUUCAGAAUCCCGCAUUCCAACAAAUUCCAGGACCCCAGUUUGAUCCAAAUGUUCCUCCUCCAAACUUUAAUGUGGGAUAACAAGGGAACUGUUUUUAUCUGUACAUACAUGUAUCUCAUUUUCAACUGUUAGUUUUGUUAUAGAUAUAUUAGUGUAUAUUAUGUAUAUCACAUUCAGGUUACCGGGAUAAUGUGUAUUUUAUGUUUCUAGUAAGAUCUUUACAUUAUUAAAGAAUCAUACAUCAA